UGAGGAGGGAGCGGGGGGAUCCGGAGGAGAAGUGGGCGAGUGAGGAGGGAGUCCGCAAACGCCCGGCAGCGAUCCGUGCGGCUUUCCUCCGGUGUCUUGAUUGUGUUGCCUUCCCUCCUCACUGGCGAGUUCGCGGGCUUUAUUCGAGAGCAAGAGAAGGGCGAAGGACACCUCAAUGAAGGAAAGAAGAGCCAGCCAGAAACUAUCCAGCAAAUCGAUCAUGGAUCCUAAUCAGAAUGUGAAGUGCAAAAUAGUGGUGGUUGGGGAUACCCAGUGUGGGAAGACGGCUUUGCUUCACGUCUUUGCGAAGGACUGCUUCCCUGAGAAUUAUGUCCCUACUGUGUUUGAGAAUUACACGGCCAGUUUUGAAAUAGACACACAAAGGAUAGAACUCAGUCUCUGGGAUACUUCUGGGUCUCCUUACUAUGAUAAUGUCCGCCCACUUUCCUACCCAGAUUCCGAUGCAGUCUUAAUUUGUUUUGACAUUAGCCGUCCAGAAACCCUUGACAGUGUCUUGAAAAAGUGGAAAGGUGAGAUCCAAGAGUUCUGUCCCAACACCAAAAUGCUUCUGGUUGGCUGCAAGUCUGACCUGCGUACAGAUGUUAGUACUCUAGUAGAGCUGUCCAAUCACAGGCAGACACCAGUAUCAUAUGAUCAGGGUGCAAACAUGGCCAAACAGAUUGGAGCAGCCACUUACAUUGAAUGCUCAGCUUUGCAGUCGGAGAACAGCGUAAGAGACAUUUUUCACGUUGCUACCCUGGCCUGUGUGAACAAAACAAAUAAAAAUGUUAAGCGGAACAAGUCGCAGAGAGCAACAAAACGAAUUUCACACAUGCCUGGCCGGCCGGAACUUUCAACAGUCACCACAGAUCUGCGAAAGGACAAAGCUAAGAGUUGUACAGUGAUGUGAAGGAUUUGGUUUCCUCAGUGGCGAUGACAAGGACAAUGUGUUUGGGUGGGAUAGGUGAAGACUCGACAAGAAGUGCCCAGUGAAAAUGGCCUGUUGUUUGGCAUGUCAAUGCUUAAAGGCCAUGAUUCACCUUCAGUAGGCAAGAAACUGUACUUGGGGAGUCGGUAUGUAGAGGAAGCAAUGGGAAGAGAUGGAUUCUGAAGGGAUAUCAAUAUGACUUGGAUGAAAUACCAAAUACAAAGGAAGCUCUUUGUGCUAAAGAAGUGAAAGGACUGGUAGCACUUGAAGAAAUGAUGUCCUGGAGAAUGCUUAUUCUUUAGAUCUAUUUUUGGAAUACCGACUUUGAUUUUGAUUACAUGCUGAAGUAUUGCUUUAAGAAAUAAAUUCAAAAUAUUCCUGCUCUCUUUAAUUGUGAAGCUUGCCCUACGGUUUGGUUUUUCCAAAGAAUACGAUGGUAUUUUCUUCUAAUUUGUCCUUAAAAUAGGAAAGAGAGAUCAUCCAGAGGAAAAUGCUGUGUGAAGAGUUUUUCAAAGGUAAUAUGGAUGAGAUGGCUAGAGAAGGAAGAAAUUAAGCCACAUGGUAAUGGAAAGAGCCUCCAGAAGCUUCUAAUUAUGUAAAUCCAGAAGAGAAUGGGGAGGGGAUGAAAAUACCUGUUGAUUAGGAGUACCUCUCAAACACAGAAUCUUCAUCUUCACCAUUGUGAGUGUGAUGAAAAAAAUGAUGAACGAUCUGAAAGCUAAAUUAUUUUGACGGCUUCUUCAUAGGGAAAUUGUAUACUAUAUGGAUGUCCUAGGUCGAAUUGCAAAGCCUAACAAAUGGUGCUAAGAUGUAGUUAUAAAGGCCAUUAAUUAGGAAAGAACGUUAGUCUUGCUCCCCUCCUUAGCAGCUCCGUUGGUGUGAAGGAGGCUAGCCUAAGCACCGGGAAAGGGAAUACGUGCUGCUCGGCUCUGUGACUUUUCUGCAAUUCUAUACUGGCCGUUUUUUUGUUUUGUGUUUUAAAGCUAGCACAUGAGCCAGCAUACUCAAUUAUCUCCAUUAUGAUGCCUCUCUUGAAUGGCUGCAUAUGGACGACCAUCUCCUGUUACACAUUUCUGUUUACUUGUAAUGAGCACUCAGAGGAAAUGGGGGAGGAGGAGCCUGAAGAACAGUGGAGCCUUUAAGGGGUCCCAAGUGGAAACCAGAUACUGCAUUAAUCCUAAAGGUCUCAUACAAGCAUAUCCAGACAGUGAUCAUUAAACAUUACUUGUGUGACCCAGAUUCUGUCAAAUUCCUUUUCACUGACUGAUGACUAUUGUUACAUCCACUAAGCCAAUCUUGAAAAUAGUUUGCAGAUGUUGUUAUGUGUUAGAGGACACAGCCGAACUCUGCCUUGAGAGUUUCUCUCUGGCUUGUUUGAAUGCAAGCAUUUUUGCAAAUGCUUCAUUUUUGAAGCAUAAUUUCCAUAAAAAUUCCAGAUAUAUUGCCACCAUAAUAUACUUUUUGAUUGAUGCAACGGUAUGCUUAAGGCAGUAUUAAGAAAAGAAAAAAAAGCCGGCAAGUGCUUUCUGUAUUUAAGUAUUGUACAAAGAAAAAUAAGUUAACUGUUUCAGCAAAACAUCCAUCACUUUUUAACAAAUGUCCGUCACUUUGUAUGUUUGGUUAUUGUUUCUGCAGUAUUUAUUUUUUCUUUUAAAUAAAAAAUGUUUAGUGGUUGAUUAAAUCUC